CAUUACCGUACACGUUUAACGCCGAGGGAUCGUCGGUAUCAGCACGGCGAUAAUCACAAUCAUUCGUGGACGUUAAGGAAGUUGCAAAAAAGUAUAUUUAGUAAAGAUGAAAAUACUAGAAAUAUUUCGCCUUUUCGAUGUGUAUCCUAAAACUCUUGAAGAACGCGUCCAGACGUUCGGCGGCGGUAUUGUGUCGAUGAUCAGUGCAUUGAUGAUGAUAAUAUUCUUCCUGUGUGAAGUCGAGGAUUACCUUAAGUAUAACUUGAAAGAAGAGCUGUUUGUAGAUACAUCGAGGGGUUCUAAAUUGAGAAUUAACUUGGAUAUUAUAAUACCUACAAUAUCUUGUGAUUUAUUGUCACUUGAUGCAAUGGAUGCAACAGGGGAGCAACAUUUGCAAAUAGAACAUAAUAUAUAUAAAAGGAGAUUAGACCUUGAUGGUAAACCUAUUGAAGAUCCUCAGAAAACAGAUAUUGUAAAAACAAAAGGGUUGAUGGAAACAACAAACCAAAAUAAUACACAAGAUGCGAAUGAGUGUGGAGAUUGCUAUGGAGCUACUAGUGAAGCAAUGGGAAUACUAUGUUGUAACACAUGUGAAGACGUUAGGAAGGCUUAUAAUAUGAAAAAAUGGGCAUUCCCAGAUCCAUCAUCUAUAAAGCAAUGUAGAGAUGAUAAGUCUGUAGAAAGAAUGAAACGUGCAUUUUUAGAAGGAUGUCAGAUAUAUGGCUAUAUGGAGGUCAAUCGAGUUGGUGGAAGUUUCCAUAUUGCUCCUGGAGACAGUUUUUCUGUUAACCAUGUUCAUGUGCACGAUGUACAACCAUACUCAUCUACUCAGUUCAAUAUGACACACAAGAUCCGUCAUUUGAGCUUUGGACUGAACAUUCCAGGAAAAACCAACCCAAUGGAUGGCACAGUGGUCGUAGCUAGUGAAGGAGCUAUGAUGUUUCAACACUACAUAAAAAUUGUGCCUACCACUUAUGUUCGAAGAGAUGGUUCUACACUGGUUAGUAAUCAAUUCUCUUUAACGCGAUACUACCGAGGCAUAUCUCAGGCAUCUAGCGAUUCAGGAAUGCCUGGAGUAUUCUUCAGUUACGAAUUAAGCCCACUGAUGGUGAAGUAUACCGAAGUCAAAAAAUCCUUUGGACAUUUUACAACUAACGUAUGUGCGGCAAUUGGUGGUGUAUUUACUGUGGCUGGACUAAUUGACGCCAUCCUAUAUCGAUCCGUUCGUGCAAUACAGCGAAAAGAUGAAUUAGGUAAAUUCAGUUAGGAUCUUUAACUAGGAGUUUUUGAAAUAUUAAGAACGAUUGUGAAUGUUAAUGCAUUCGUGUGAUCGUUUCGAUCUAUUAAAUAUAAUAUAAGGCAUAGUAAUUAAUAAUUAAGUGCUAAGGAGUCGCGCUGUUUAUUGCCUGUUUCUCAAUAUUUUUAAUUCUUGAGGGUGGAGCUGUAUUUAUCGAUGAAAUAAUUUUGAUUUGUAAUAAUCUUGAACAAUACUUGGUUUUGUAUUGUUUCAACUAGAAAGAUGAAUAAUCAUGUCUGAUGAUAGUCUUCAUGAUGUUGAAAUAAGUAUUUAUAUUUAAGUUUUGACAUUGACAUUGACUGUAUUGUGUAUUUUAUAAUUGAUUCUUUUAUCCAUUUGAAAACUAGCACAACAGGAUAUGUAUUGUUUAAUUCAUAAAUUGUCGCGGCAUGAUAUUUUGUGACUGUGUCACAGAGAUUUGUAAGAUAUAUGCCAAUAUGCAUAAUGAGAUAAACCAUUAUGUUUAGUGAA